AUUGAAACUUGCUGAAGCUGAUUCGUUCUCAAAUGGAUUUGAUGCACCAUUCUUCCAGCUUUCUUCUUCCUUCAAUCCCAGUUGACAUUAAGCCUAAUCGUACUUACGCCCUGGUUGUGCUUAACCAACGCCUCCCCCGAUUUACUCCUCUCUUAUGGAAGCAUGCACAGCUGCGUCUUUGUGCAGAUGGAGGAGCUAAUCGCAUUUUCGAUGAAAUGCCUGAGCUGUUCCCCCAGGAAGAUUCUCUGCAUGUCCGAAACAGGUACAAGCCAGAUGUGAUCACAGGAGACAUGGAUUCAAUUAGAUCAGAUGUAAUGGAGUUCUAUUCAAAUAUGGGUACCAAGAUACUGGAUGAAUCAAAUGAUCAGGACACCACAGAUCUACACAAAUGCGUAUCUUUUGUCCAAGACUCUACGCCAGAAUUAGAUAAAUCUGAUUUAUGCAUUCUUGCUACAGGAGCUCUUGGUGGCCGGUUUGAUCAUGAGAUUGGAAACAUCAAUGUGCUUUUCCGUUUCUCAAAUAUUCGAAUAAUUCUGAUAUCUGAUGAUUGUCUCAUUCACCUUCUCCCAAGGACUCAUCAGCACGAGAUUCAUAUCUUGUCAUCUGUUGAGGGUCCACACUGUGGGCUCAUUCCCAUUGGGAUGCCAUCGGCAAAGACCACAACAACUGGACUCCAAUGGGAUCUCAAUGACACAGAGAUGAGGUUUGGUGGUUUGAUAAGCACAUCAAACAUCGUAAAGAGUGAAAAGAUCACAGUGCAAUCAGAUUCAGAUCUUCUGUGGACAAUAUCCAUUAAAAAGCCAAUGUGAAGUUUAGGGCUCAAGCAGGUCAUAGAAAUACAUACCUCAUGCUACAAAUUUGAAAUGGCGGUUCGCUAAUCCAUGGGGCCAAGUGAGGGUAUACUUUGAAUUCUUCUUAUUUUUACUAAGCAAAUGUUGAGGUGAUUCUGAUGUUGGGUGU